AUGAAAAUCCCCCCUGCUGCUCUCUUUCUCCUUCUAAUUCCUGGAGUUUUUUCAGAGCCCUUGGUGGGAAUCAUAGGAGGACAUGAAGUGGCACCUCAUUCAAGACGCUACAUGACUCUCCUCAAAGGGACUGAAGUCUGUGCAGGAGCUUUGAUCAAAGAAAAUUGGGUACUGACGGCAGCUCACUGUCAAAUAAAACGCAGCACUCAAAUUAUUCUUGGGGCCCACUCUAUAGGCCAUAAUGAGAAAUUUAAGCAAAUAUUUUCCUUUAACAAGACGUUUACCUAUCCAUGCAAUGAUCCACAGACACAUGAAGGGGACCUUCAACUGAUUCAGCUGAAAGGUAGAGCAACAAUUAACAAAGCUGUCGGACUACUUCCACUACCAAAAACAGGAGAAGACGUCAAACCCAACACAAAGUGUCAUGUGGCAGGAUGGGGAAGCACCAAAACAGACCCGUGUGGAGUUUCGGAUACCUUGCGAGAAGUCAACGUCACUGUGAUAGACCGAAAAAUAUGCAACGGUGCAAAGUAUUACAACUUCCAGCCAAUUAUUAGCAACGACAUGAUCUGUGCUGGUGAUAAAAAAGGUGAAAGUGAUUCAUGCAAAGGGGAUUCUGGAAGUCCUCUGAUAUGUGAUAACAUUUUCAGAGGUGUCACUUCCUUUGGGAAGUGUGGUGACCCCAAAAAACCUGGCGUCUACAUUCUCCUUACAAACAAACACCUCAACUGGAUAAGGAAAACCAUUGGAGGAGCCAUGUGA